AUGGCCAAUCCAGCUGCCUCAGAUCAGGAUACGGCCGCAAACAACAGACCCCCAGCAAAGGGCCAACAGCAGUUCACCCAGGCAGACUUGAACCGUAUUGUCAUGGAGUACCUCAAUAAGAAAGGUUUCCACAAGACAGAAGCCAUGUUCCGCUUGGAAUCCUCAAAUACCGCCACGCCUCUGACCGCAAUACCGACGCCUGCAAACACCUCGUUGUCAGGACCUACAGAAAUCUCGCUGAGUUAUACGGGAGGGGGGAAACAGACUAAAGCAGAUAUCGAGCUCCGCGAGUUGAGGGAGAAAGUGGCAAGAACUGAACGUGAAUUACGCGAAUUGAAAGACAAAGGGCUAUAUGAAAGGAAGGAAGAAGAGCUUCGGCUCUUGAAGGAGGAAGAAGAGAAACAGAAGCGUGAGAAUGAUCCAGACAUCUACUACAGGGCGUACUCCAUUCUUAGAGGAUGGGUUGAGACCUCUUUGGAUUUGUACAAGCCUGAGUUGUCACGGAUUUUGUACCCGCUUUUUGUUCACUGUUACUUGGAGCUCGUAUCCAAGAAUUUCAUCAAACAUGCCAAGAUAUUUUACGAUAACUUCAAAGACGACCACAUGAUUCUUCAUGGUUUGGAGGUAAAGCAGCUUGCAGGAAUCUCUUUACCUGAUCAUUUGAAAGAGAACGCUUUAGCACAGGCUUACCGUACGAACAAGUACAGAAUCCUCUUAUCGAAGACCACGAUGAACCUUUUACUUUAUUUCCUUCAUGAGAACGAGGCCGUCGGCGGCGCUGUUCUAAUCAGAAUCAUCAACCAGUACCUUAAUCCUAUAAUAUCAACUACAAGACCUGAUAAAGUGUUACAGGAGGGAGAGGCUGACCCUGCUGAAGGCAUUCCAGGGUUCAUUACGAGCACUAACGAGAUUGAUAAAUUCAACGAGCAGCCCGUGCUUCUAGGUAAGCUACCUUUGGAUGAAGAUACCCAAAAAGAAGUGGAAGCAGAGUUAAAGGUGAAAGAUGAAAUGACGGCUCCGGUGGACGGUAAAACGCUCGUAAAAGAGUUCGAGGAGCUUAACGAACCCGAGAAAGAUUCUCCGGCUGCUGACUCGAUUCCAUUACCAUUGAAGGAUGCAUCCGACAUCAAGAGAAUGAUCCUCGCAGUGGAAGACUCUCGCAGCAAAAUGAAGUUGGGAGCCAUCCAGGCAAGUGCCCCUUCCGUGUGCAUGUACACAUUCCACAACACCAACAACGAUAUGACCUGCCUUGAGUUCAAUGAGGACUCGAACGUGGUAGCUGCAGGCUUCCAAGAUAGCUUCAUCAAGCUCUGGAGUUUGGAUGGACGUCCCCUCAAAUCUGUUAUUAAAAGAGAUCCCAGCAACAACGACAACACUAGAAGACUAGUUGGCCACAGUGGACCCGUAUACGGGUUAUCCUUCUCACCAGACAACAAGUAUUUGAUCUCUUCCUCUGAAGACAAAACAGCGCGUCUUUGGUCGCUAGAUACCUACACCGCGUUGGUAUCUUACAAGGGACACAACCAGCCCGUGUGGGAUGUGAAGUUUUCUCCAUUUGGCCACUACUUUGCAACAGCAUCUCACGAUCAAACGGCACGUCUUUGGGCAACGGAUCACAUCUAUCCAUUGCGUAUAUUUGCCGGCCACAUUAAUGAUGUUGACUGCGUCGAGUUCCAUCCAAACUCCAACUACAUCUUCACUGGAUCCUCUGACAAGACCGCUCGUAUGUGGGACGUGCAGACCGGUAACGCCGUGCGUAUCUUUAUGGGCCACACCAAUGCGAUCAAUUGCAUGGCCGUUUCACCAGAUGGCAGAUGGUUAGCUACAGCCGGAGAAGAUACUGUGAUUAAUCUUUGGGACGCUGGUUCGGGUCGUCGACUCAAGAGCAUGAGGGGCCAUGGCCGGUCCUCGAUAUAUUCAUUGGCCUUCUCCCGUGAUGGCGCAGUUCUUGUCAGUGGAGCCUCCGACAACACUGUGAGAGUGUGGGACGUGAAGAGAAACACAAAUGAUGCCGGCCCACUUCCAGAGCCAAUGAACGGAGAGAGUAUGAAUGGAAGCACCAGCGUCACCUCGUCUGCGGGAAGCGACGCCAAAAAGCCAGCUGAGAGAGUGAGCAGAAAGGAGAUAGUUGCUACCAGCGACCAUAUGACAGCGUAUUUCACAAAGAAGACCCCGGUGUAUAAGGUCCACUUCUCGAGGCGCAACCUCUGUCUUGCUGGUGGGUCUCUACAAUUAUAG